AUGAAAAUAUUCAAAUUACAAAAACGCAUUAUCCCAACUUCAAUUCAGUACGACAAAAAUAAAAAGACACAGACUUCUGACCAUAACUGUAAUGGAACAACCACUACCAAUAUCUCAACGGUAGGAUUUCUGGAACCUCGCGCGAGCACCGCGCCCACCAAACUUCUUCGGCUCGCAGCGCCUUGGGUUGGCCACCAGCAAGGUCCUGUCGUACCUCACGAGAAUGUCCUUAAUCUCCUUAUUCGACUGCUCGUUGACGUACUUCUGGUAGAAGGCGACGAGGACCUUCGAGAUGGACUAGCGGAUGGCGUAGAUCUGGGAGGUGUGACCGCCGCCCUUCACGCGGAUGCGCAUGUCAACGUCGAUGAAACGGUGGCGGCCGAGGAGGAGGAUCGGCUCAAACACCUUGUAGCGGAGGAUCUCAGGCUGGAUCAGCUCGAUCGAUACACCAUUGAUCUUGAUCAGGCCGCGGUCGUGCUUGUAGUGGGUGAUCGUGACUGCUGUUUUCUUGCAGCCGAAGCAUUGGACGGAUUCAGUUGGCGCCGCCAUGGUUACGGUGUCCAAGAAUAUACCAGCAGCCAAGGGGUCACCCAAUGCCAACUCGACACAUAG